AUGCAACUGCAGCACUUCGUGCGGCGAAGGAGGCACGAGCUUUGGCCAGGGAGUUACGCGAUCGCAAGGCUGAGGCUGAGGCGCUCGAUGCAGCUUCCCAGGUUCACUUGGCGAAGCGUGACUACAACGAAGCUCUCGAUUGCGCCAAGAGCAUGGCGAGCUUGUACGAUGAGCUCCAGGAAGACAAACUUGCAGCGAAGGCUAAGCAGUUGCUCACGUCCGUCUACCUGGCGAAAGGAGAUGCGAGAGCUGCCAUUGACAUCGGUGGUAUCCUGA